UGAACACCCAUACAUGUAUCAUGUAUUCAUUUACUGUGAUGUAUAUCGUAAUUAAUGAAGUUAGCUGUUGCUCACGUGAGCUUAGACGGAUCAGUUGUUGCACAUGCCUUGUGCAAUUGACCUCAUCUGUUGCAAAAACAUCCUUCCCGGCUUCUCCGUUUCAGUAGGUGAUGUAACACUCAGGAGACAUGGUGGCAUCUGAAAGCAGUUGCAGCGAAGCGCCAACAUCUAGCAACGUAGGGAGAGGAGUGAACUUGGUUAGCUGCCACUGUUGCCGAUGGAUUUCAUUGCCUGCUAGACAUGAAAUUAAGACUCUUCUACAAUUAGCCUGGCCGAUUACGUUGACUGUGUUUUUGCAAUUUUUUCUGACCGUUGUCAACGUGUUCUUUUGCGGUCACAUCGGAGAGGCAGAAUUGGAUGCAGCUGGACUAGCAAAUUCAUUCACGAAUGUGACAGGUUUGUCUGUCGGAAUGGGCUUUGCAACUGCCUGUGACACACUAUUUUCACAGGCAUACGGAGGAAAGAACUAUGUUAGAGUUGGAAUCAUUCUCCAAAAGGGCAUUUUGAUUCUUGCUUUCUUGCUCUUUCCGACCUAUGCCAUCUGGUUGAAUACUGAAUCUAUCAUGCUAGUUCUCCAGCAAGAUCCUGAAGUAGCAAGACUUGCUGCCGUCUUUGUAAAAGUUCUAAUGAUUGGAUUACCAGGAAACUACCUGUACGUACUGCUCACCAAAUAUCUUCAAAACCAGGGCGUGGUGAAGCCUUUCAUAUUUGUGGGAGGCUUUGUACUGCUGAGUUCCAUCAUGGUUCACUACAUUGCAGUUUUUGUGCUUAAUCUUGGACUACUAGGAGCGGCAGGAGCACUGGCUUUUUCUCAAGUUCUCCAACCUGUUGUGUGUCUAGCUCUUAUUCGAUACAAAAAGUUAGCAACUGAGACUUGGCACGGUUGGUCAUGGCAAUCGCUUCACCAAUGGUCACAGUUUCUUCGGUUGGCUCUGCCUGGAACAGUAAUGGUGUGUGCUGAGUGGUGGAGCUUUGAGAUCGUCUUCUUUAUUUCUGGAGCUAUCAGUACAGUUGACUUGGCAGCCAAUAUUGUGUUUUUCCAGACACUAUCAUGUCUAUUUAUGAUUGCACUUGGAGUGUCCAUAGCGAUCAGCAUUAGAGUUGGCACUUACCUAGGAGCAAACAAACCGUUGUUUGCUAAACGAGCAGCUUGGGUUGGAGUGAAGCUAAUUGCAUUGUGGGCUCUUUUUAUUUCUCUGCUUCUUGUUGUACUUCGAUCUGAAGUUGGUUAUAUAUAUUCAUCAGACAGUAAAGUUAUUAAUUUGGUUGCCAAGACGAUGCCUGUAGUAGCACUGCUUACUGUGUUUGACUAUGUCCAGACCAUUGUUCAAGGUAUUUUUCGAGGUGCUGGUCGGCAAAGGACCGGAGCUAUUCUCAAUACAGUAGGAUUCUACUUUGUUGGAUUGCCAAUCGGCAUCCCACUUGCUCUUGCACUCCAUUGGGGUGUAUUUGGAUUGUGGACAGGAAUGUGUGUUGGAGUGAUUGCAUUGACGACGGUGGGAGUAGUUCUUACAAUGAGAUUUGACUGGCAGCUAGAAGCAAAGAAGGCAAGAAUCAGAGCAGGAGUUGCUCACUUGCCAUCAGACACAAACGAGAGUUUUGAUAAGUCGGAUACGGAUGAUAUUGAAUUUAUUGGCCUUGAAGUAAUUGAGGCCAGAAAUGAGACGGAUGUAACUGGUGAUUCCGAAGUUUUGCUGAAGAAACUCACAAGUCGAUGCGGUGAUUUAGAGUCAAAUUGUGAAGCUGAGAUCGAUUCAGUCGACGUGGAAAACGAAACGGUCGUAUUGCACGAUCGUGAGCUAUCAAUGAGUCGUUCAGAAAAACGAAAAUUAUUAUUGCGUCGAUUUAUUGCGAUCUUGAUCGGUUCGAUGCUUCUAGUUGCUUCUGGAUUGGCCAGUCACUACAAGUCAUAUCAACAUACACAACAGGACUUAUGUAGUACCAAUGAUACAGACAGAGUGGCAGAGUCGACUCUUUCGACUACCAACACUUCUCUUCUAUUGACCAUUAUGCCAACAAGUGUCACCAAAUUGCCAGAAGGAACAGCCUCCACAGCAACAAGAUCCUGCUUCAUUUCUUCUUCUGUAACUCUUGAACAGCUUUACAAAACGCAUCAGACUGCUUUUGUGGUGCCAAGUCCUACUGCAGUAGUUCGUGAUACAGACAAACCUGUUAGAGCACGGUUUAAGAGGUAACAUUGAAUAUUGGUAUGAAGAAGGAUUACAACACAGUUUCUGCUGUCCUUUUGGACCUAAGGCAAAUGUAUUUGAGAAUUUAAAGAUGCUCGGUUGUAUCAAUAUACUUCUACUCUUAUGAUUGACACAUCCAACCAAAAUACUGUAACUGAAAAUUGUCAAAAUAUUCUCUGGCUGCACUAGUUCUUUCUUUUAUUUUAAUUGUUGUCAACACUUUUGGAACAGGAACAACACACGAACUGUUUGGAAGAUGAUGAAUCUCUAGGCGCGCAUGUGCUGAUCAAAGGCAUGCAGUUGCGUAUGAAGUAUGAAACAAAGUAAUGAACAACCUGACUUUGUAAAGGACUUCAUGGUUGGAUUGCUUUGCAUGAGUAUGACAUCGAUACAAUUGGAGGGCAGGGCACAGUUAAUCAUAAGGUGUCUUUGUGAGGCUGUGUGAGCGUGUGUGCGUGCGUGUGUGUGCGUAUGUGCGUGCUUGCGUGUGAAUUACAUUACUUCGCCCCUAAAUAUACCGAGACAUUUAGCACAUUAAAAUUUUACAAUAUGCAUGUUGAGACAUAUACUGUACUAUAGCUAUGUUCUUGUUAGACCCAC